AAUCAUUUUUCGUUUUUUUGUUCCAUCUUAGAUUGUGGUAAAGUUUUUGAGGCCACAUUGAUGUUCUACGCAUUUCUUCUGAGUAACGUUUAAUCUCUUGUUAAUAGCGUCAUGGUAACACUGAGGAGGAGGAAAGUGAUUAUGAAGAUGAGGUUGAAAUUGUUAGCAAGUUGGGACCAGCCAACCAGGUGUAUUUUCUUCCACGAUGUUGAGCGUACGAGGCUACGAGUGUUGGCAUUCCAAUUGACUGAGAAGCUUCUAGCUCUUGUUAAACGUAAUGAGAGGGCAGUAAAGGCAAGGAUUGGUGGUGGCAAGUACAUGUCUUUCCCUCAGGGAAAGCAAGGUAGAAGUGGGCGCAUAGGAUAUGGUGCUUGUGGUGCAAGAACAGUGGCUUUUGAUCAAGUUGCUGGAGGGGGCUAUCGGUCCAAUCAGUCGCGAGAAGCAGGUAGAUAUUUCAGGAGGAUUGCUUCAUCGAUUAAAGGUUCCUAGAUAGAUGCUUCAAGCCAGAUUGUCAGUCUUAACCCUGCGGUGCGUGCUUAAAUAAUCGGCAAAUGCUUAGUUUCAGCACUUAUCUUAGAUUUAUAAAUUUUAACUUAUUAU